AUUGUUUUCAGUACGGUUUGAGCAUUGCAACGGUUUUGUUGUUCGCCACUUCAUGUAUCUCUAAAUUGUGAAUUUAUGUUUAAUUUUUCAAAAGAAUCGUAUUUUGAAAAACAGAAAUCGUGGACAUUUUUCUUUAGAUGAAAUUGUUGUCCCGAUUGUUUAACGGCAUUUAAUCUAAUAACACGGAAAAAUCGAAAAUUCAGAGUUUUUGUGAAAAAUUGAUAAAGCAAUUGACGCAGUUAAUAGAGAGCCAUGACCUUGUUAUCAUUCACAUUGCGAGUAGAUUCGGUGCGUUGAUCGCAUGCGAUGAGCCAUAUUGCGUAGAUUUCCAAAUCCGAUACGACGAAAAUGGAAUGAAUAAUUAAAGAAACGGAAAUGUCACUGCCAAUCGCAUAUUGAAUUCAAAUCACACACACACAAACAAAGGGGGGGAGAAACAGUGAUUGCUCGUAAAAUUUAUAUACUUUGAAAAUAUAAAUUGAUACAUAUAUCAGAUAUCAUGCUGUGGUGCCAUCAUACCAAAUUCAGCCGUUGAAACAGGACAAUAAAUCGUGUGUUUUCGUUCUGUUUGUUCAACGGCAUUGUGAACAUUUCGAAAAUUGUACUGAAUCAUUGAAUAGAGCGGUGUGGUUGUGCAGUGUGAAUCCGUGAUACGAAUUUCAUUUUGGCACAUAAUCCAGCCAGCCAGCCAGACGACUGUGAAAGGUGACGCGAAAAAACAAACUAGCCAAAAUAAUACGAUUAAAAGUUUAGAUAGAAAGAUAUUCAAGAGCACAUAUAAGUAAAAUCACCAUGUCAACGCCACCAACGUCAGCAUCAGUGCCACCCGUUACUACAACCAGACGUGAAUCGUUCGCAAGACGAGCCGAAAGUCUUAUGGAACAGAGAUACGUCGUGAGCACAGACCGUUCAGGCGACAUACAUGUUACAGUUCAGGGCGAUUUGUCGCAGCAAGAGAAACGGGCUGUUUUCAUGACCGUUCACGAUCUUGGAUGUAACCAUACAUCGUUUCAAGAGUUCGUGAAUAGUCCAUGCAUGACGGAAAUUAAGGAACGUUCGUGCUUCAUCCAUAUUGACGUACCAGGCCACGCUGAUAAUGCAGAUAAACUUCCAGAUUCUUUUGUUUUUCCAUCGUUGAAAACACUUGGAGAGGAUUUGGUCACGGUUCUCGACUUUUUGCAUGUGAAAUAUGUUAUUGGAUUGGGUGAGGGUGCCGGAGCUAAUGUAUUGGCACGUUUUGGGUUGGCUCAUGCAGCCCGAUGCUUGGGACUGAUCCUAAUCAAUUGCACUGGAAGCGCAGCAAGCGUCGUUGAUUCAUUCAAGACUAAGUUCAUCAACUGGAAAUCAGAAGAGGUCGAGCGUUCAGCUGAAGAUUUUCUUAUGUAUCAUAAAUUUGGUCAUUUGGUCGGUGAAAGCAAUCCGGACAAGGAGAAAGUUAUUCACGAGUUUCAAAGCCGCCUACAUGGCCCUUUGAACAAUAAGAACAUGGGACUCUACGUGAAAGCAUUCAUGAGUCGUAAAGAUUUAUCAUUGAAAGAUUGCAAAAUCGAUAUUUUGCUAAUAACUGGCAUGUUGAGCCCAUACUCGACGGUUGUUGAGAAGCUUCAUCGUGACGUUAACAAAGAGCGUGUCACAAUGAUGAAAGUUGAGCGAGCUGGUGAUGUUCUUGUCGAUGCUCCGGCAAAGGUGGCACAAUCAAUUUUGUUAUUCUGCAAAGGCCAAGGUCUUUUAACAUCGGUUGCUAUGCCGGGUGUUGAUCGUGGACGUGCUUAUUCGACCAGCUCAGGUGGUUCGAAUGAUGGUAACGCAUUGGGACCGCGUCGUCUAUCUCGCGGCAUGUCAAUGGAAGAGUACGACAAACCAAACAUUCGUCGGCUCAGUAUCACCGUCAACAACGAUGGCAUUCCAGCAACCGGACGAAAAUAAAUCCAACAACUUCAAUAAAAGAAAACGAAAAACUGUGCUACAAGAAAAUUAAAGAAAAAAAAAAACAA